CCUCCGUCUAUGCUUCCAAACCGUACCCUUGACUAUGGAAGAACGCCGCCCAAACAAGAGGAAACGCACGACCCUGGCAUGCGAUGCAUGUCGCACACGAAGAACUAAGUGUGAUUCGCAAAGGCCGUCAUGCCACUAUUGCCAAACUCGCGGCGUGCGCUGCAUCUACCAAGAGCCGCCAAUGGAGCCCCCCGAUCGCGUCGAGGAAGAACUGAGUGCCAUCAAUAAACGUCUCGAUUUACUUGUCAGCGUGAUACUUCCCACACAGCCCAUAUCCCCGAGCGUUCAUGUUGGGGGGUCCCGGUCGGAUUAUGAAGUCUGGCAAAGCCAAGAAGAUUCGCCAUUCGACUUGCCUUCCAAGCUGCUUAGUAAUUCAUCCCUCAUGCAUGUGCUAGGCUUAGACGCAGAUUUCGCGCAGGUCCUGCUACGGGAGGAACGGACUACCACGUUCGAGGCCAACGCGAACGCAGGUACACGGAUGCUUGUUGUUCGUCAUCGGCAUAUUGCGAGCGCCUUGGCUGCAUUCUCCGCACGUGUUCACAUCUGGUAUCCCAUUCUGCCCUCGGGAUUUUCACAAGAGUACUUUCGGGUACUUUCUGGACCCUUGCCUCCUUCUUCGGAAACUUGCCUUUCCCUUCUUGUGGUCGCGGUCGGUCUUGUUGUCGAGGGAGAAGAUGCAGUCCCAGAUAUUCCGUAUUUUCAAACCGCUGUCGCCUUGCUGCCGAUCAUCAUCUCCGAGUGCAGUGUUCGCAGUGUUCAAUGCUUAGUGUUGAUCAGUUUGUAUUAUUGCUGUCUGUUAAAGCCAUGCCAGGCACACGACUAUUGCUUGAUUGCAUCUUCCAAGAUUCAGAAUAUCAUCAAAAGUGGGCUGGAAGGUGAUGAUCCAGAUACCGUUGACCAAACUCGACGUGCAUAUUGGAGUGCACUACUACUCGAGAACGAAAUUGCUGGCCAAUUGGAUGUCCCCAAGAGUGGCAUAUGGUGUCUGGAUGAACAUGUCCCACUGCCACUAUGCCAGGAGACAUGGCAUUUUCAGCCAGAGAACACGUCGCUAGCUGUUACUGCGCCUGCUUCCCCGGAUAGUGCACUGUCCACUCUCUCAAACGAGGGAAAUACGCGAUCGUAUUUCCUAGCUGAGAUUGCCAUGAGGCGUAUGCUACAUCGAUGCAACACAGCUGUUCAGGCGACAUCCACGGGAGAGUACGUGUAUGCACCGAGUAUCGCACUGGAGCUGGAACACCAGCUGGAAGAGUGGUAUCGUUGCCUACCCGAAAUGAUCCGUUUUGAAAAAGGCGAUGUGUCACAGUCCUUGGAAUCGAUUAAAAUACCGCCCUGCCCUCUGUCAAACUUUCUGCGAGUCCAGUACUACUGCUGCAAGCUUUCCAUAUACUGGCCGGCCGUUUAUCAGGCGAUGCAGGAUGCAGCCGUUUCCUCCCACCUUCUGAAUCACUGCCGGAGAUUUUUCGAUUCUUACGUGUUGUUGACACCGAGCAUUGUUGCGGCGUUUGAUAACUGUCAUGUGAACAGGUGGACAUUAUUCGUUAGUAUUUUCAUUACUUCCGUGGCCGCCAUGACCGCAGGAAAUACUCCUUGUUUAAGUGAGCUAUGUUCACCCCAGUUCCGUCAAAGUUACCAAGCACCAGGUCGCGUCGACAAGACAUUAUUGCAGCAGAGCCCGUCCUUGAUGAUGAUACAAGAAGUACUGGAAGGGCGCCUUUCAGAGGCUAGUUUGUAAGGGAAACGCACCGAUUAACGGUAGUACCAUGAAAUAGACUAAUACAACUCGGAGAAUAGACCAUCGUUGUAAGAGCAAAUCGAUCAUUUGCAAAGAUCUCCAAAACGUCUGCAUCGGCGAUAAUGCGAAUAUCAAAAAGGCGAUGGUGAUGCAUAUGGACGGGUCGCCAUUGUGGCAGAUUGAGAAGCCUACCUCAAUGCAGCAGCUUGGGUCAAUUUCAAUGGUUGCCUCGAGCUCCCAGGUAGUGAAUAACGCGGAGCAAAGUGCCUGUGUUUCUCGAGCUGUCGAAGAUGGGAGUGGAAUACGAUAGCGUUUACAAACAUUAUCGCAGUGCCUGCGGAGCUGAGUAAUCUCUUCAACUGGCCGAAUACCGAGGGUGCGUAUAGUUACUGAACCGUCUUUGUCUGGAACUUUCUCGACAGAUGCCAUCUCGGACAGAGGACUGUGAAGGGCUCGAGUAACACUUGGUAUGGAAAGGAGAAAGAGUUCGCGAGCAAUAGCCAACGCACCAUUCCACCCUUUGUGUUUGGCGUAUUCGGCUGUAAUGUCCUCUUCAGGAAUCCAUGCAUGCAUUAUAUGUCUCUGGGAUAACGCAUCGAAAAACGAAUUUGCCGCAUACAACGACCCGCAGUCCAAAUAUCCCCCAUGGGUGAAGUCAACACGAGUGGUGUCUCUCCCAGCUCGCAGGUCACCAAACAUCCACAGUAGAGAACGAAUAGUCCUUGGAGGAACGUGUGGGUGGUGUUUGAAAUUCCGGAUGUGUUCCCGUUCCACGUCUCCCUCCGCACCAAGAAUGAGGCACACGCGGCUAGUGCUCUCGGAUCUAAGCGUCAGAAAAUUUGCGCAUUCCCAGUUGACGCCGAAAUUCCCAGUCCACUUCUGUGAGGGUUGAAACCGCGCAGACAUAUCGACCAAUGGACACAAAUAGUGCCAUUCCGAUACGUUCUCAUGCGGCACUGAAUAUAGGAAGGCCGUCGGUCCAUAGCCGUCGAUUCCGCCCGAGACAAGACCGUAGAGGGACUUCUGACCACGGAGUUGGUCCAAAGCAGGCCAUUCUGAUAGGAAGGGAUCACGGAAACCAGUUACUUGAAGCCCCUUGGGUUCGCCCAUCAAGAAAGGGUUCUCAGAGAGUUUCGU